AUGCUCGAGGUCCUGGUGCUGAAGAUUGAAGAUCCAGGUUGCUUCUGGGUUAUUAUAAAAGGAUCUAGUCCCCUUUUAGAUAAUGAUGUGGACUAUCAAAAACUAAAUAGUUCCAUGAACGACUUCUAUAACAGCAUGUGUCAAGAUACAGAAAUAAAACCAUUAAUGUUGGAAGAAGGGCAGGUUUGUGUGGUUUAUUGUCAGGAGCUAAAGUGCUGGUGCAGGGCCAUUAUUAAGUCAAUCAUGUCCUCAGCAGACCACUACCUGGCAGAAUGUUUCCUUGUGGAUUUUGCCAAGUACAUUCCAGUAAAGUCUAAAAACAUCCGAGUUGCAAUAGAGUCUUUUAUGCAGCUUCCCUAUAGAGCAAAAAAAUUCAGCCUGUACUGCACAAAACCUGUCACUUUACACAUUGACUUCUGCGAAGACAGUGCUGAAAUUGCACCCACCAAGAAGUGGGACAGUGCAGCUAUCCAGUACUUCCAGAACAUCCUAAAAGGUGUCACCGUCACCGUCCCGCUGGAACUUUGCGGAAUGUUUAAAUUUUUACAGGUUUGCGUUAAUGAUGAUCUUGUUGCAAAGAACUUCGCUUGUUACAUAUCACCCACAGAGAACAAAAGCCUUGACUAUUUAGAGAAACCAAGGUUGAACAUAAAGUCAGCAUCCUUCUCCAAUAAACUCAAUCCAGCACUUACUCUUUGGCCAAUGUUUUUGCAAGGAAAAGAUUUUCCAGGAAUAGAAAAUUCACAUGGCUUAAAUUUUCUGGCACAGUCCGUCCGGCAUACAUGGCGCAAGGGUGUUGUUGGCGACCCGGGGCCAGCUUCUGCAACACCGGAUAAAGCUAUAAAAUGUAAUGUGGAUUCAUUGAGAGAUUCACCAAAAGAUAAAUCUGAAAAGAAACAGCAUUGCAGCUCUUUAAAAGAUAUAAACAAGUGUGUUGCAUCUUCAGCAUACUGGCCAACAAAAAGAGGCAUAACCAUAUAUGCUGAUCCAGAUAUACCAGCGGCAAGUUCUUUAAGUCAGAAGCCAAACGAGAAGCCACUUAGAUUGGUGGAGAAGAAAGAAUACGAUGAGAAGAAUGGUUGCGUGAAAUUACUGCAGUUUUUAAAUCCUGAUCCUUUGAGAGCUGAUGGCAUCUCUGACCUGCAGCAGCUGCGGAAGCUGCAGUCGGGCGCGCAGCCUCCCGUUGUGGUGCUCCGGAACCGGGUCGAGCCCUGCCUCACCGUUGACACGGCGCCGCUCUCGGCAGACUUGAAAAAGGCUCUUCAAAGAAAGAAAUUUCCGGGACCCAGCCACACGGAGUCUUACUCCUGGCCUCCCAUAGCGCGAGGCUGUGACGUGGUUGUCAUUUCUCACUGUGGACACGACCCUCUGCUGUACCUUCCGCCAGUGCUCACCGUUCUGCAGACGGGCGGCUGCUACAAGUCCCUGCCGAGCAGAAACGGACCUCUUGCAGUCAUUGUGUGCCCUGGAUGGAAAAAGGCCCAGUUUAUUUCUGAAUUAUUGGAAGACUAUACCGUGUCCUCCCGGCCUCUUCAUCCUGUGUUAUUAACAAUCGGACUCCACAAAGAUGAAGCGAAAAACAUGAAGCUUCCGAGGGGGUGUGAUGUGAUCGUGACAACACCGCACAGCCUGCUGAGACUUCUCACCCAUCAGAGCCUGUUGUUCCUCAGGCUCUGCCACCUGAUUCUGGAUGAGGUGGGAGUCCUGUUCUUGGAGGCGAAGGAACAAAUGUUUGCUAUAUUAGAUAACUUUAAAAAAAAUACUGAAGUUGAAGAAAGGGAAUCUGCCCCACAUCAGAUUGUUGCAGUUGGCGUUCACUGGAGCAAACACAUAGAACAUUUAAUCAAAGAGUUCAUGAAUGACCCCUACAUUGUGAUCACAGCCAUGGAGGAGGCUGCCCUCUAUGGCAGCGUCCAGCAGAUAGUGCACCUUUGCCUAGAAUGUGAAAAAACCUCUACUUUACUCCAAACUCUUGAUUUCAACCCAAAUCAGGCUCAAAAGACCUUGAUCUUCACCUGCUCUGUAGGUGAAACAGAAAUAGUGUCUAAGGUAGUAGAAAGCAAUUCAAUAUUUUGCUUGAAAAUGCAUAAAGAAGUGGUUUUUAACUUAAACAGCGUUUUAGAACAGUGGAAGAAGUUAAGUUCUGGCUCUCACAUUGUAUUAGCCCUGACCGACGACUGUGCGCCGCUCUUGGCCAUCACCGAUGCCACGUGUGUGGUUCACUUCAGCUUCCCUUCCUCUCCAAAAAUUUUUGGUGGACGGCUGUAUUGCAUGUCAGAUCAUUUUCUGCGUUUAGCUGAACAGGGUUCUCCUGCAGAACAGGGAGAUAAAAAAACCAAAUCUGUCUUGCUGCUGACGGAGAGAAACGCAAGCCAUGCAGUCGGCAUCCUGCGCUACCUGGAGCGAGCAGAUGCCAAGGUCCCAGCUGAGCUGUAUGAGUUUACCGCGGGGGUUCUGGAAGCCAAAGAAGACAAGAAAGCCACAAGGCCUCUUUGUCCAUAUCUUAAGGCUUUUGGAUUUUGCAAAGACAAAAGAAUCUGUCCUGACCGACACCAUAUUAAUCCAGAAAUGGACAUGCCAAGGAAAUUAUCCACCCAAACUCUACCGAUGUUUGGGUACAUUAAAGUAAUACCUUUUUAUAUUUUGAAUGCAACAAAUUACUUUGGUCGUAUAAUUGAUAAACAUGUGGAUCUUUAUGCAACUCUUAGUGCUGAAAUGAAUGAGUAUUUUAAGGAUUCCAGUAAUGAAACAGCUGUUGAGAAGGUGGAGAAAUUUGGAUUGUAUGGAUUAGCAGAAAAAACACUUUUUCACAGGGUGCAGGUGCUAGAGGUGAACCAAAAAGAAGACACCUGGGCCCUGGACAACGUCCUCGUAAAGUUCAUAGACGAAGGCAGGACUGGACUCGUCGCAAGAGACCAACUGCUGCAUCUCCCGGAAAAUUUCCGCACUCUCCCCCCGCAGGCGGUGGAGUUCAUCGUUUGUCGGGUGAAACCUGCUGACAAUGAAAUCGAAUGGAAUCCAAAGGUUACUAGGUACAUUCAUCAUAAAAUUGUUGGAAAAUUGCACGAUGCGAAAGUGAUACUGGCUUUGGGAAAUACCGUCUGGAUUGACCCAAUGGUGCACAUUACAAACCUUUCAAAUUUGAAAACUUCUGUCAUCGACUAUAAUGUUCGAGCUGAAAUUUUGUUGAUGGGAAUGGGCAUUGAUAAUUCAGAACACACAGAACAACUGAAAAAAUUAUACGAAGGAGCUAAAAUGCCAGCUUUUGAAGAGAGCCCAAGCCACGCUCCGACACCGCCUCCCGCAGAAGAUGCCGCUGGCCUGCAGGACACACGGCAAGGGAACGAGGGACCGGAAAGAGGGGCUGACCCCGAGACGAACUCAGAAAACCAAAAGCCUGGUUGGUACUUGUUAUUUAAAAGGUGUUAA